AUGAUACAUGAAAUGCUCCAGCAGUCCCUCUGCCCGAGGGAGGUGGAGGGGUUUUUCCCCCAGCUCUUCCUGGUGCUGCUGUGCCAAGUGUCAUUCUCGACAGAGCUGAAGAACAAGGAAGUCCUUGCCUUCUGGAAGGAGAACCAGCAGGAUCAGCUCACUCCCGUCAGGUCAGCAGUGCAAUCCAUGAGAGUGUUGCUCCGCAAUGUGGGCUUCGAGAGCCAGGAGCUGGCCAUCAAGGAGCAGGGUGGCUGGGACAACCUGCUCCAUGCCCAGCACCACCUCAACGGAGUGCGCACUGUGGCCAGGGAGAUGAUGCAGACCUCGAGACGCCUGCGCUCCACCCUCUUUUACCAUUUGCUGAAUCAUCUUAGUGUGGAAGACCCCAUGUCAGAGAUGGUCGCCAUGGUCAUGUUCGUUGAGAUGCUGAACUGCACUGACCUCGGUGAUACUGUGGACUGUGCUGUGGACAUCUUCCCCAUGUACCUGCAGAGCCAGUGCGUGGGGAUGCCCAGACUGGUGCUCAAGACUCUCUACGAGCUCUCUGAGAGGCCCAACACGGCAAGGAAAAUCCUCACCCUGAUGCCAGACAUCAUGGCAUGCCUGGAGCAUAUUGAGAGCAAUGCCGUCUCCGUGGCCAUGCUGGUGCUCAACAACUUGUUCCAGCUGCUGGAGAGGAAGACGCUCAGCCUCAACGCCCUUGCCCUCGCUCCCAAGCUCCGGCUGCUCUUUGACAACGAGUCAGACACCGUGAGGGAGCUCUCCAUGUACUUCUUCCAAUAUGUGAUGGGGCUUGUGACGGGUGCUGAACAGAAGAAGAUGAAGAAGGAGGUGUGGGAGAGCCUGCUGCCGCUGAUCUUUCACCUGCAUGACCAGAAAGAGAACGUGGCCAAGGCCGCCCAGGAAGCCCUCUCCUUCGCUGGCUGUUUCCUGAAGUGGCAGGAACUGACAGAGCUGGCCCAGAAUGCAGAACCAUGGGAGAUCAGCAAGUGGCUGCUGGAGAGGAAGAGGAGCAAGACCAAGGAUUUUCUGCGCCAGAGCGAGGCCUACCUGCAGAGCCCACAGGACAUCCUGCGGCAGGACGCUGUCAGGUUCAUCGGGCUCAUCGGACAGCACGUGGAUGAGCGCGGGAUAAGGGAGCACAUCAAACAGGUCCUUGAAGGCUCAAGAAAAGACGCCAGCCCCCAGGUCUCCUCCUUGGCGGCUCAGACCAGCUUCUUGCUCGAAGAAAGAAGGACGAGUUCAAGGUUCAGCCUAUGGUGGCUGUGCUUUUUGCUGCCAAGUGCCUGGAGGAAGCGGCACUCGGCCCCCCGCAGGGACUCCUGAAAACUCGUGAAGUUCAACAAAGCGAAGUGCAAGGCCCUACACCUGAGUCACGGCAAUCCCAGGCACAACCAUGGGUUGGCUGGAGCACCCCCCAUACAAUUCCAUUUGUGACCCAAAAGCAGGACCUCAUACCACUGGCCACAGCCCAUCGAUCCAGCUGGCCAGAUCCCUCUGCAGAGCCUUCCUCUCCUCCAGCAGAUCAACACUCCACCCAACUUGGCGUCAUCAGCAAACUGAGGGUGCCCUCGAUUCCCUCAUCCAGAUCAUCAGUGAAGACACUAAACAAUACUGGCCCUAACACCGAGCCCUAGUGACCGGUCACCAACUAGAUGCGACGCCAUUUACCACCACUCUUUGUGCUCGGCCAUCCAGCCAGUUUCCAACCCAGUGAAGAACACACCUAUCCAGGCCUUGAGCAGCCAGUGUCUCCAGGAGAAUGCUGUGGGAGACACUGUCCAAUGCUUUAUUAAACUCCAAAUAGACAAUGUCUACAGCCUUUGCCUCAUCAAUCCAGCGGGUCACCUUGUCACAGAAGGAGAUCAGGUUGGUCAAGCAGGACCUGCCCUUCAUGAGCCCAUGCUGACUGUGCCUCAUCCCCCCGUUUUCCCACUUGUGCUGUGUGAUGUGUCUU